AUGAGGUUCAAGAUCUUGUCGCUGCCAGCCGCGGCCGUUGGGCUCUCGCUCGUGUCGACAGUCCCCGCCGUCGACCCCGCUGCCCCCCUCGCCGAUCAAAGCUGCGAAUCUUCCGAAAACUCCGCGACUGUAAUUCCGGGAGCUUUUGUCGUGGAAUGGGAUACUGAUGUGGCGGAUGCACCCGGCUUCUAUCAGAGUCUUGGGCUGGAGGUUGAGCAUCGACUGGAUCUCAAUUACCAGCUGUUCAAAGGCGCAUCUUUCCGCAUCGUCAAUGAAUCAAAUGAUGUAUCCAAUGACAUCUCAGGGCUGAUCGCAGCACGCCCCGAAGUGAAGUCAAUUUGGCCUGUUAGAACGGUCACGAUACCGACAGCGAAGCCACUUUAUGUUGGGAAAAACAGAACGGCUAUGUCGGGGCAGUUCGUUGGAGUAGACAAGCGGCAGGCCGAGGAGCCCGAUACGUACACGCCACACGUCAUGACCCAGGUUGACAAGCUGAGAGCCGAAGGAUAUACUGGCAGGGGGAUUCGUAUCGGAAUCGUUGACAGCGGUGUCGAUUACACGCAUCCAGCCCUUGGGGGCUGCUUCGGAGAAGGAUGCCUCGUCAGUUACGGAUGGCACCUCACUGGCGACAACUACUUUCCUCCGAAUAGCCCUGAACCUGAUGCGGAUCCGUAUGACGGGUGCGUCGGCCACGGAACCCAUGUGGCUGGUAUUAUUGCAGCUCAGGCCAACGAGUUGGGCUUCACUGGAGCAGCUCCCGACGUCACCAUGGGAGCCUACCGCGCUUGGGGAUGUAACAGCCUGACAACAAAUGACAUCCUGCUUGACGCCUUUAAUGCUGCUUUCGAUGACGGAAGCGACAUCAUAUCUUGCUCGGCGGGGCAGUACACUGGAUGGGCAAACGAUCCUUGGGGCAUAGCUGCAUCGCGAAUUGCAGCACAAGGUGUGUCCGUGAUCGUGGCCCCGGGCAACUCUGGCAGAUCUGGCAUGUUUCUGUCGGCGUCACCAGCAACCGGGGUUAAUGUAACAGCUGCUGGGUCUGUUGAUAAUACCAUCACCCCUCUCUUGCUCACUGCUGGUUCCUAUACGGUGGAUAACGCAACAGGAAUCUCAGAGCCGUUUGGUUUUAUCAGCGGUGGGCCGGAGUUCGCGGAAAACAUCACCUUGCCGCUUUGGUCUGUGAGCAACAGAUCUGACUCCGCGAACGAUGCUUGCAGUCCUUUGCCGGAUAGCACGCCUGAUCUCUCGUCAAAGAUCGUCCUUCUUCGGGUAGCGGAUACCUCCAAAUGUUACUCGUCUACACAAGCCACCAACGUCGCUGCCAAAGGAGGCAGGUAUCUAUUGUUUUAUAGUCAAAGCAACUCCUCUAUUGCAACAAUCUACGCCUAUUCAGAUGGCAUCACCGGCGUUGGGACUGUCACUCCGGCUCAGGGCGCCACUUGGAUAAACCUAUUGAACCAAGGUUCGAACAUCAACAUUUACAUCGUCGGCCCCGCUGCAGCAGACAUCCGGUAUGAGGCUGUUACCAAUGACGUAUCUGGUGAUCUCGCCAGUCUGACCACAGCUUGGGGGCCUACGUGGGAGGUGGUAUCCAAACCCCAGUUCACUGCUCCAGGUGGAAACAUCCUCUCAACUUGGCCCAUGGUCAUGGGAGAAUAUUCCGUGCUUUCCGGAACCUCCAUGUCAACACCUUUGAUUGCUGCAGUAUUUGCACUUGUCGGUCAAGCGAGAGGGACAACAGAUCCUGUCGAAUUGCGGAACGUCAUCUCAUCGACCUCCAGGACCCGGCCUUGGUUUGAUGGAACGAGCGUCCACGACAUACUAGCGCCUGUACCCCAGCAAGGUUCUGGCGUAGUCCAAGCAUACGAUGCCGCUCAUGCAAAGACGAUCCUAAGCGUUAGCGAGAUUUCGUUCAACGACACGGAAAACUUCGUCGCGCAGCAUACUUUCAGUAUCCGUAACACAGGCGGGGACGCAGUGAUAUACAAACUUGGGCACACCAAAGCUGCUACAGCCUACACCUUCGCCUCGGGCUCACGAUCCGCCUCUCAGUUUCCGAAUCCGACCGUCGAUGACUGGGCCAAGCUUUCUUUUUCAUCAGAGGCAAUAAGUAUAUCGGCAGGCUCGUCGGCAGAAGUGACUGUCACAGUGAUUCCGCCGCGGAAUGUGAAUGCGACGCAAUUGCCCGUGUACAGCGGUCUGAUUACGAUCGAAGCCGAUAACGGCGAGACGCACAGCAUCCCAUAUAUCGGUGUUGCCGGCAGCAUGAAAGAAACCCCGGUGUUCCUGGAGGGCCCUGAGUAUGGAACAUUUCUCGGCUACUUCAACAAUCCCACCGCUCCAAACACCACGUUCACAAUACCCCGCCCUGGCACGACGCCGCCGGGAAAUGUGGAAUAUCCGAGCAUCCAAGCCAGUUUGCUCUUUGGAACGCAGAUGGCUCGAGCCGAUGUGGUGGCUAUAUCGGAGACGGGUCUUCCCACAACGGCAUUCUUCGACAUCGACAGCAUUGGGUUCCUUUCGGGCUUUCCAGAACCUUGGGUUGUGAGGAGAAACUACAGGCUCGGGUUUACGGGAGAGCUAGCGGACGGGACGGCUGUGCCUGAGGGAACCUACAAGAUCGUUUUCAGUGGCCUCCGGGCUUUUGGCGACCGCGGAAAGCGCGAAGACUGGGAUUUUGCGGAAACAGUACCUUUCGUCAUCCGAUAUAUCGAUUAG